UGUUUCGAGCUAACAAUAAUAAGCGUGUGAUGGGAGCGAGAUAUUCGCGUCAAAAUUUUGGGUGAUUUUAAAUGACGUAUUACGCGCAUGCGAAGGGUGGGAUACCUUUCCACAAACGUGAAGAAGAGAGAAGAUGGAAAGAACAUUUGAAACAUCAUAAACGUACAUUGGAUCGGUCGAAACCAUCCAUAACAAGUUUGGAUAGAAAAGUCGAGCAUCAACACGUUCAAAUAAAACUGAAGAAGUUACAAUUGCAAGAGGAUAGACUGUCAACGAUUGAAUAUCAGAAUCGCAAGUUACGCGAAAAAAUCGAUCGUAUCGAAAAUAGGAAGAAGAAAGAAACAUGGAAUGAUAUUUACACACCUAGAGAGAAAUCAGGAAAUCUUCCAUCAUUAUAUGUGAGAGACUCAUCUAUGGGGGAGAGCAACGCAGCAACUUCUAAUAAUGAAGAAAGUUCAGAGGAUGCAGACAACGGGGAUGACGAGGCUAUGUCUUCAGAAAAUUCGUCGGAAGAGGUAGAUUCUACAAGAGAAAAUGAUGAGCCAAACGAAGAAGAAGAAAAUGAAGAUGAUGGCGAUGACGAAGAUGAUGAAGGAAAGAAAGAAGAAGAAGAAAAAGAGUCACAAUCUCGAAACAGCAACGCCCAAGAAAACACUGUUCCAGACAAUCCUCAUAUCAAAAAAAGGUUGAGACAUUUAGAAUUCACGGUCGUCAAAAGUCCUGAUGAAAAACAAUCAGAAAGAAAAAGACUUAUUGAAGAAGAAAGGGAAGCGCUAAAAAAAGAAGCUGAGUCGCUGCGUCAAAGAAAUCAAUAUCGAAGAAGAUUUAUUCCGAUUGGAAAUGAGGAACGUGUGAUGGAGAACAAACGGUUGCAUCGAAAAAUACGUGAAAUCAAGGAGGGAAGAGGGAGACCUCAGCCAGAUGCUCCUGAAUAUAACACACACGAUAGAUGGUGGGUGACAUCACCUCGAGGACAUGAGAGAGCAGUCUACGAAAAAGAGAAGGAGAGAUUAUUAAAAGAUAUGAAAAAGCACAGAGAGCGAAGAAAAACACAAAAAGCAAGAGAAGAGCGAAAGAUUUUGAAGCAAAAAGAAAAAGAGGAAAAACAGAAACAAGAAGCAAUCCCACAAGGUUACCACAAGAAAAAAAGAAAGAAGGCGAAACAUUAUGAAAAACAACCGGAAGAAUUGCCUGAUACUAGCAUUGUUACGAAUGAUCCAUAUGAGAGAGCUGAAGAGUUUCAUAGUGACGGAUGAGAGAGUGGAAGAGUUGCAUAGUGACGGAAUGUGACCACGGGUCAUCAUAAAAAUUUAUUAUCACUGUUGCAUGAUUCGUCUUUUUAGUUUAUUAAUAUUUUUGAAGUUAUUUACAGAAUUAUAUAUUUUGACUUA